AAAAUAGGCCAGUCAGACAUUGAGUUUUGUUAUGUAGUUUUCGACUGGUGGAGAAACCUUUCACACAUUUUAAACACCAAUUCCCAACAAAUUCAAAUGUUUUGCCAACAUUUCGUAUUAGAAUAGUAGCACAAAAAAGUAAGAAGCGGUCGAGGAAUUUCGCGCGGGCUCAAGUGUGUGGAAACCCCUUCUGAAUUCAACGACCCGAGUUCUCUAUUUUCUAUGUAAAGCGACGAGCUAAAGAAGCAAAAAAAGCCAGAGUAAAAUACCUUAUUGGAAAUCUUUAAAUAAGAAAACCGAAGGCGGACAGAACGCAGAAUUGCAAGCCAGAUGCGCUGACCAAAAGGACCAGGCCAAUACCAGUCCCAGACCACACAAAAAAAAAAAAGAAAUCAGCCAGCUGUUAGCCAAAGUCCCAGAGAACAGAACCAGACCCGGUGAUACUGGGCCAUGUGGACGCGCAAGUACAAGCCGCGGCCUCCGCGUCGUUUGCCCUUAGUCCACGAGCAGAUCGUGAUGCAGUGCGCCCGAAACAUAGUCCGGGUGGCGGCAGCCCUGCCGCAACCACAGCCUCGAUGUCCGUCCGGCCAUAUACCCGUCCUGGUGGAGCUCCGCCGCACCGACGAUGCAGCAAUCUACCGCUACCAAGUGAACUUACCGCCCAGCGGGUGGCCUCAGGAUGACCCCACUGAGGCGGGAUCAGACGAACAUUUGCCGAUGGUGGUGCAUGCCGGAGGCUCAUUCGGAACGCUGGGCAUCAAGGCUCCAGAGCGCCCACCUUGCCCCAUGCACGGACAUUCGGUGCCGGAUGCCGCCACUGCCAUCGAGUGCUGGUCUCCGCCGAGUCCCGGCGGGAGCUCUGACUCUAGCACUUUGCCCCCCAUGGUGUUCAGACAGAGCUCGAUGCAUGUCAUUAACGGAUUGAGUGAUCCGCCCGUCAUCGAGGAUAUUUCAACCUUUUGCGAGCCAGCCGUGUCCGGAGAGGCAGCAGAUCCGAUACGGGCACACUUCAUGGCCACCCUCUACCAGCAGGAACGCAGUCCGCUGUACUACUCCGAGAUUUGGCUCCAAGAGGGUUCGCAUCCGCCCAGAUUUCAGAUCACGCCACCGGCGACCAACACUCGCCAAGUGAUGCCGCCCCCGGACAACGGCAGUGACAAUGUUGGCUCAUGCAGGGAGUCGCGGCCCAUCAACGGAUUCCGGCGGGCGGUGAGGGCGACGAUGAAAGAGGAUCGCAAGAUCGCCGAGCUCUGCUUGGACAGCAACGGGGAGUAUGUGAAGAACGAGUUACUCCAGAGGCCGAUCAACGGCUUUGCGCCAUUCCCAAUAACGGCCGCCGGGUUCCCCAAAUUACCCCUGAACGGGAUCAACGGCUUUAGGGGCGAGAUCUUUGGCUACGGCUAUGUGAGCGACGAGCACGCUGGUGGCGCAAUCAUAAAAAACGGCUUCAUGACCGGGGAACCAAUAGCGGCUUAUUCAGAUCAGGACAAGGUUAUGUGGUUGCGCAGCCAGGGCGGCCAGUUGGGACAGGAACAGGAACAGGAAACAGCCUCCUGCCAGGCAAUGAUGGUCCCCCUCUCGGUCCAAGGUCAAGGCCAAUUUCAAGACUCCACCUCCAUUCAUUUCGAGGGAUCUGUGGAUUCCUUGGAAAAACCACCCCUGGCCAGUGUAACAGAUCUGGGAGUAACCUCGACGGAGCCCAGCGCCCACUACCCAAUGGAGUUGCAGACGCUGUUCCGCUGGAACUAUUGCAGCUUGUGCCACACGGCUAUGCGGACAGUACGCAACGCAGUGGAUCACUACUCGUCGCGAGCACACGACCGGCGGGUCAGCUCCUGGCUAGUGCGCCAGUGCGUCGCCCAGACGAACAUAUCCGGCUUGAGCGUGGGUGUGGGCGUGGGGCCAAGCGGUGGCAUUGGCUUUGGACUGGGCGUGACCUCUGGCAUUGGACCGGGAGGCGGAGGAGGGAGCAUAAGUGUUAGCGGUGUUGGGAAUGGUGCCACCGCCGAGGUGUUGCGCUAUCUGCGCACGACACGCCCGGCAGACUUCUACUGCGACCUGUGCGACCUGAAGCUGACGUCCGUAAUGCACGCCCAGCAGCACUUCUUCGGUAGGCGCCACCGCAUGGUGGCCCGAAAUCAGACGAAGCCCAACGGCGAGGGCUACUACGACAUGGAGGGGCGGUGGGUGCGCACCGACGCCAAGUGGUUGAUGUGCGAACUCUGCGACGUGAGCAUCACUUCAGAGUCCCAGAUGGCUAUGCACAUGGCGGGGGCACGACACCGGCGGCGGGUGCAUACGCACUACGCGGGUAGCGGUGGGGGCGGUGGCCUGACCAUGGCCGGAAUGGACUUUGGAAGUGGUUAUGCAGGGGGCACUAGUGCAGGUUCUGCUGGAGUUACCACAUUUAACGGUAGCCACAUGUAUCGAGUUAAUGCCAACGGGACACUGGUACCCCUCAACCCGCACGAGGUUCCUGUAUUCAUUAAUCAGGCCCCAACAUCCCCGGUGAAGACCUCUGCAACGCCCACUCUGAAGCCCACCACCAUAUCGGUGCCCAAUCUGUGCCACCUCCCGCCACGCCCUCUGAACGACCAGAACGCCGCCUACUACUGUGAGGCGUGCAACGUAACGCUGAACCAUCUGAAGUCGGUGAAGCAGCACGAGGACGGGCGGUUGCACCGACGGAACUUGCAGCGAAUGCCCGGAAAAGCGAUAAUUCUGGAGUGACCCAUGGCCCUUUGGGAAAUAUGGGGAAGAUAUUCAGAGGUCGACGGAUGCAAUGGAGCAACGUGCAGCCACGAGCGGGAAGACAAGAAUGGAGCCAGGAGCGGAUGGUUCCAUAGGGGGACAGAUCUCACUCCGGAAUGGAAGUCCAGUGUCCCCUGGGCCAGCCUGCGCAAACGCCUUAUCCCCGUCACAACUGAUUGGCCACGUUGCUAUGCUGUGUUGUGUUUGCACUUUAUUUUUGAUCUAUAUCCCUAUUUUUUUUAUAUGUUUUCUAGCAGUAAAUGAAAUAAAUACCUAAAAAAUCUCAUGAAAAUAAAGGAACUA